AUGUUUGAUGCAAUGGUUAAGGAGUUUUCAUCUGCAGUGAUGGAUAGAUUGUUCCAGACCGCGCAGACAGGGGAUAUUGAGGAAUUGCACCAAUUCCUAGCAAGGGAUCCCCUUAUCCUUCAUCAAAUCCCACUUAUAUGUGCUCAGAAUCCUUUACAUUUUGCUUCUGCUGCGGGGCACUUGGAUUUUGCAAAGAAAAUACUGGAACUGAAGCCUGAAUUUGAUAGGCAGGUGAAUGCAGAAGGAUAUAGCCCCAUGCACUUAGCAUCUGGAUGUGGACACAUACAGAUAGCUAGAGAGAUGAUCAGAAUCGACUCAAAUAUAUGUCGUCUUGCAGGCAAAGAAGGCGCAACACCUCUACAUCUUGCAGUGCUAGGAGGGAGGGUUGACCUAAUAAGUGAAAUGCUAUCUAAUUGUGAAGGGUGCAUAGAGGAUGUGACGGUUCAGAAAGAGACUGCUUUGCAUCUUGCUGUCAAGAGCUUCCAGCUUGAGAGCUUGCGGGUUUUUCUGGAUUGGACCGGGCAAAUGGACAGAGAAGAGAUUCUGAAUAGAAAGGAUGAACAUGGGAAUACCGUCCUGCAUCUUGCAGUCUGGAAGAAGCAAAGACAGGCUGUGGAUUUGCUUCUGGAGAACAAUUCUAGGACUCUGGAAGUGAAUGCAGUAAACAAGAGUGGUUUGACAGCACUAGAUUUGUUGUUGAUUUUCCCAAGUGAAGCCGGUGACAGAGAAAUUCAGGAAAUACUUCAGGGUGCUGGGGCAUUAAAAGCUCAAGAUCUUAACCUCCAUGACACAACUUUUACUUCAUCAACUCACGAUCCUUUAGUAAACGACCAUUCAAAGGAUCUCGUUGAUUAUUUCAGAUUUCACAGUGGAAGAGAUUCACCAAGUGAUGUUCGAAGUGCACUUCUAGUCAUAGCUGUGUUGGUAGCAACAGCAACAUACCAAGUUGGUAUCAGCCCUCCUGUUUCUUGCAAUUCUAUUGGAUUUAAUGUCUCUGCUUACAUGAUAGCUAAAUUAACGUCGAAAUUCCCCUUACAGACAGAGCUUCAAAUAUGUCUCUUAGCGCUUUACAUAACAUUUAAUGUUGCUGUAACUGCUACUUCACCCAAGGGUGCCAGAGUUUUCUCAAAUGUGUUCGCAUCUGUGUUGCCUACUGCAGUCCCUGUAUGCUGUGGUUUGCUCCGAAGAUAUAAAGUAUUCAAACAUAUCAAGGGCAUGUUUCGAAAAUUUCGACAAGAAUGUUGCAGUGGGGUGCUGUAA